AAAAUAAUAAUAAGAGGAAACGAAGAUGUCCUCUUUAUUCUCCGCAUACCACAGCUUGGCCCUCCGCCAUUCCUUCACCAGAUUAUUGACUCUGACCCCCAUCUCUCUCUAGAUAUCUUUCCCUCUUUCUAUUUUCCGUCAGAUCUCUCCAAACCCAUUUAUCAAAAUCCUCCAGUUAACCACCAAUGACGCUUGGCUCAGGGGGAUCGAGUGUCGUGGUGCCUCGGAACUUCAGAUUGCUGGAGGAGCUUGAGCGUGGAGAAAAAGGUAUUGGAGAUGGUUCUGUAAGCUAUGGAAUGGAUGAUGGAGAUGAUAUUUACAUGCGCUCUUGGACUGGCACCAUAAUUGGUCCUCACAAUACUGUACAUGAAGGUCGAAUCUAUCAGCUGAAGUUGUUCUGUGAUAAAGAUUAUCCAGAGAAGCCUCCAACUGUCCGUUUUCAUUCGAGGAUCAACAUGACUUGUGUUAACCAUGAAACUGGAAUGGUGGAACCAAAGAAGUUCGGACUUCUUGCAAAUUGGCAAAGGGAGUAUACCAUGGAGGAUAUACUGACACAGCUGAAGAAGGAAAUGGCAGCCCCCUAUAACCGGAAGCUGGUACAACCUCCCGAGGGUACCUACUUCUAGCUUGCAAGGCCAUAAAUAUAUAUUUAUAUAGAUAUGCUGGAUCUAACUGGAUUCGCGGUAUGCAAUUAUAUAGUUUGUACUGUUUGUUGAUCCUGUUUAAGGUAAAGAACAUACAACUGGGGAAUCCCUGUCCCAAUUACUUUUCCUUGUCCCCAUUUUCGUUAUCCUAUUUUGUCAAACUAUGUUGAAGGGAUGCUGUUUGAUUAAUGGGAUUUUAUCCGUGUGUCCAACUUUUUACUUUAUAUGUCAAUUGCAUAAAAUACUUUAGCUUUGGACACACUA